AUGGUCGAGGUCAAUCUCAUCACUCAUCCUGAUUCUCCCCUACCCCUCGUCUGCCCAACUGAACAUGGCUUCAAGGCACUCGAGAAAUAUACUGUAUGCUACAUAUUCGAAGAGCCAGUGAUAGAGUAUGAAAGGAAACUAUAUCCUAGUUCUCAACUCGAUAUCGCAUUGGUCUGGAGUCUAGCUGUAUUAGUGGCAGUCAUAAUCACCGGGCUCACUGUUUUCUUUCCUCCCUCAUCAAUUGAACCUCUGAACGAGGCUGACGAGCCUUACGCGCCGUCUCGGGGACGUCUUGACCCUAAUGUCUCGGCGCCUACAAAAAGUUUUUUGACUCCUCGAGACCUUGUCAUCGAUACCACUAACAUCGACGUAGCUAGUGUUUCCGGGAGGGGGAAACAGAGUCCAGUCGGGGAGGUAACUCUGGGACCUGGACUAAACAUAACACAGACACAGGCGCAGGCCGACUCUGGUCGUGAAUGUGUUGGCUCAUCCUUGUUCAUACAUGGGUCGCAAUCCGAUAACCCGGGUGUGGCAGUAAAACAGGGCACUACUGGCUCCAAAGAGCUCGGAACUAUACCGGGUUCAAAACGAGGAUCUACGGGUCCAGUUCAUCAGUCCUCGCUGUUCAAUAGUGAUUGGCUCGACCUUUUUCAGACAGGGUUGAAUCACUCUGCUUCCUCUCUCGUUGAUAGAUUUAUCGUCCUUAUUCGAUAUCCGAGUAUCGCUUGGUUUGGUUCUGGCCCCCUCCUAGGAACUCUGUAUGGACGAACCCCCACUCUCUCCAUUUUCGCCAUCAGCAGCACCGAUUUCGAAGAUGAUGUCAAAGUAUUGGCGGAUACGCUUAUGCCGCUAUAUCCGCAAAACUUCCAACUUACAAAGUUGGAUGUGAACACCGCAUUUACUAGAAUCAAGCACGAAAUCAAGAAGCUUUGCAGCGGGCAUCAAGGUGCACCUGACCGACAUCUCCUCAUCUACGUGACCAGCCACGGUGACACCAAUAAUGAUAUGUUUAUAUCCGAAUCCAAGAGGCUCAAAGAGAGUGAUUUAUUCGGGCUAUUCUCGCAGCUGGCCAUUGUGGCUACUAUAUUGGUAGACAUCUGCCGCGAGGGAAACACUCCAAGCAUAUCCCCUCCAGAGGGCAUUUCUGUGAUCCGGUCUUGCUCUCUUGCACAAAAGGCCGGUACAUUCCGGAUUAAAGGCCUUGCCGCCCCGGGUUCGUGCUUUCUCAACGCGGUAAUGAUAGCGGCUUGCACUCCCAACCUACAGCACGACGACGAUGGGUACAGAAUACGUUUAAGCGUCCAAGAACGGCUUGAUCAGUUGAUAAAGUACUUGAACUACCGCUAUAGCGAGAGGCACGGCAAAGAGGCAAAGUGCACGCGCUGUCCCAGCCCCACAGAUCGCUGCCCCGAACCCACAAAGCAAACAAUAGAUUGGGGCGAUGCUAGAAGCACAGACGAUCUAUCCAAGUUGAUGAAAUCUCUUGCAAAUUCCGAGAUUGCAAUGGGAGUGUAUCACUGGUUCAUGGAAAACCAAGUUUUUUGUACUGUCAACGGUAUUCCUUAUCCAGUAGCUACGGAAGCAGAUACGGCACCAAAUCUGGCUUUUCAGCCUGUUCAUAGACCACCGGGUCACGCGGGUCAACUCGAAAGAGGAGCAAUGAGCCCCUUGGCAAUUAGCCAUUAA